AUGCAAUAUAUAAAAAUUAACCAGAAAAAAACAAGUUUGAAUUUUUCUUUAGACAGAAAUCCAGUGAAAGUAGAGUUCAUCCGAUUGUUGACGAAUUCCUUAGAAGAAACACCAUUCUUGUUCAAUCGGAGCAUGUCCUUCAGUUCACCAGUGACAAUGUCGAUGUUAACGUUAUCAUCACUGGGAGCGUAUUCAGGAAGAGCCUGUGCCUGA